AAUAUAAAAAUGACUCUUCAAUCUAAAACAAUGAGAGGUGAGAGACAGUGAUCAUAAAGUCUUACAUCUGCCCCGGAGGAAACUCAGCUAUAGGUUCCGGAAAGCUUCAGUCUUGAGAGCCCCUCUCACACUCCCAAGUCCAAAAUGACCCCAAUUCAGAAUCUUAUUCUAAGUUUUUAUAUCGACAUAGCUCUGCUUCAAGAACCAAGCCCUGUCCCCUGCUACUAAAUCUCCAAUCCUCCAUGUCACAUAUUCAAGUCUUGUGAAAUAAAAAGGCACCCCCUUAGCCACCAUUUGCUAGGCUGAAGAAACUUCCAUCCUUUCUAAAAUGAGCAAACCCAAAACCCACAAAAAACCAACCAUUACCAAGCAUCACCAAAACCAAAACCAACAGCCACAAAAGACUGAGAAACAACCUUCAUGGGUUGUAAGAGGGCUAUUAGCUUGUAGAAAUGUGCAAAUCCAACAGCAGCAGCAUCAUAAGGAAGCAAAACCGCAACCUCAACCUCCACAAGAAGCAAAACAACUAAGGAAAAAACAGGAACAGAGAAAGCUGCAAGAGGAACGAGUCCCAGAAGAAAACAGCAAGAAGAGCAAGAAGAUGAAAUGUUCAGGUUCGCUUUGUAACAACACCAAGAUCAUGGCAAAACCUGAAAUAGCAACCCCAGAUAUCCACAAGAAAAGGUUGUCCCUAAGUGGAUUAAACAACAACGAUGCUUCUAGCAGAUCCAUGAAAGUUCCUCUGAAUGAACUCAAUGGAACCGUGGCUGCCUCCUCUUCUUCUUCAUUAUCAGCAUCUUCAAGUUCUUCUGGCGGUGGAUCUUUCAGAGGAAUGCCAUUCAGAAGACUCUCCGGUUGUUAUGAGUGUAGAAUGGUGGUAGACCCAGUUCUUGGUUUCACUAGAGACCCUUCUCUAAGAACUACCAUUUGUUCUUGCCCUGACUGUGGUGAGAUCAUGAAAGCUGAAACUUUGGAACAUCACCAAGCUGUCAAACAUGCAGUUUCUGAACUGGGUCCAGAAGAUACAAGCAAGAACAUAGUUGAAAUUAUAUUCCAUUCAAGCUGGCUAAAGAAGCAAUCACCCGUGUGCAAAAUAGAUCGCAUCCUUAAGGUCCACAACACUCAGAAGACUAUAAGCAAAUUCGAAGAGUACAGAGACUCAAUAAAAGCCAAAGCCACAAAGCACUCCAAGAAACAUCCAAGAUGCAUAGCAGAUGGCAAUGAGCUACUCAGGUUUCACUGCACCACUUUUGUGUGCUCACUAGGCCUAAAUGGGUCCUCCAACUUGUGCAACUCAAUACCACAGUGCAAUGUGUGUAGCAUAAUCAAGCAUGGGUUCAAGGUUACAGGAGGAAACGGUAUCUUGACAACGGCAACAAGUGGGAGGGCUCAUGACAAAUUGAGUGUUUCAUGCGAUGAGAGUGACGACAAGAGAGCAAUGCUGGUUUGUCGGGUGAUAGCAGGCAGGGUGAAGAAGAAUGCAGAGGGUGGUAUGGAGGAGUAUGAUUCUGUUGCUGGGGCUGUUGGGGCUUAUUCUAAUUUGGAUGAGUUGUUUGUGUCCAACCCACGAGCUAUAUUGCCUUGUUUUGUUGUAAUCUAUAGAGGAUUUUGAUGUGUGGUGUUGGUUUUUGUUGGAUUGGAGGCUGGUGAGGAGCACUUAGUUUCAAAUUAUAUCCAUGCUUUUUUUUUAUUAGGCUCUUUCAUUAAGUUUUAGCAUCAUUGGUGCUUUGUGGGGGAAGUAUGGAUCGGUUUUAGAUAAUUUUUGUAUGCUUUGGUGGGUAUCACUAUUGUCUCCCACUCCAAUCCAUGGCGGAAUUAAUCUUAGGACUGUAUAUUAUUACAGCAAUUAUUAGCCUCAUAAUAAGCAUACAUAUAUGUAGCUGUAGCUGAACUAAAACUUUUGUCUUAUACGUUGUGAUUAUUUAAGAAAACUAUUACAGGAAGUUGUUUUCUUUUAUCCAUUCAAUACAUAUGGACAGAACUUAUAACCUAGCU